AGAAACAAUUUGUUUUUUUACAGAAGAUCAUUCAUAUACAUUAUGAAUAGCGCAAAUAAAUAUUUACAAAGUGGACUAAGUAAACAGCAGGCUGACAAUCAAAUAAUUAAUGAUGACGUCUGCACAUCCUCUCAUGAUGAUGAUGAGAAGCAGCUGCUUGUUUUACUCCAAAAAUUUAAUUUAGUUGAAGUCUUACGCUAUCUAAAAGCUGCAAAGGUGACUUAUCGUAGUUUAAAAUACAUGAAUUAUGAUGAUAUGAAAGAAGCAAUACCACCUCUUGGCUUACGUAUGGAAUUCAGGGAAAAAUUGCUCUCCUGGAAAAAUGGAGAAUAUCAGUCAAACAAUGAUGGGAUGAAUGAGAAUACAAGUAGUGAAACUUCUACUUCAUUUUCGUUAAGCACAGCUAUAUCCUCUACACCAUUACGAGACAUAUUGAGUAAGCCUUUAAGAGAUUUACUUAACAACAGUCCAGAAGGUAAAGCACUUAUUUUAUCCUAUUGUGAGAACCAAGGAUUAAAUUAUAAAAAAAGAGAGACAUUAAUCAAGAUUAUAGUGGAGGAUUUAAUUACACAUGACAUCAACUUAAAACCACAAGACUAUGCAGCCUUAAUUGAUGAAAUAGUGUCAGUUUUCAAAACUGAAACAAUGUAUAGGGAUUACUAUUAUAUUUCUCGCAGCAGUAAAAGAAAUCCAUCUGGAAAGUUGUACCUUAAAUACUCAAAUAUGAGAAGUAAGAAAAUGAAACUAAACGUGCAGAAAUCGAACAAAUUCAUACAUAUGUCUGAAAUGAGCAUCAAAAUUAAAGAUAACAGUUUACGCAAUGCCUCUAAGGAGUCUUUAAGAAAAUCCGAUCAUUCAUGGAACGAAGAGAAAGAUACUGGCCGUGAAACAUUUCAAUGCCGUGGAAAGCAUUUAGCAGAAUUAAAUUUUUCAGAUAAAAUUUUCGGUAAUUGGGCAAUCUACGCUACUCCUAAAGCGGUUAGUUUGAUUCAAAGUGAUUUUGGUAUGCUUCAUCCGGGAAAAAGUGACCAAUUAUUUUCUAAAUGGUGUCAUUUUAGUAUUAAAAUUAAAGAAUAUUAUAAAAAAAAUGUAUAUAAUAGCAAUUGUAAAAUGUUUAUGCAAUUACUCAAAGAAGAAGGUAACAAGUCCAUUAUUUCCUAUGAUACCGCAAAUGUCUUCAUUACCUUACUGCUUUGUGGAAUUCUUCCGCCGACUCAGAGAUUUAGAAGUCAAAAUGGCAGUAGAACUAAGAAAGCAACAAUUGAUGAUUCACAAGAAAGUUUUAUUAUGUUUUUAUUGAACAUUAAUGACUAUAAAAAACGAAUACUUGAUAUUAAAAAUAAGUAUUUUUCGUCUGGAUUAACCAUCCAACCAUUUUUAAUGGUUAUUGGCUCCAAUAUACAACAAUUGGAAUCAUUUUAUAUUUAUUUUAACGACAGUUUAUAUAAAUUUGAUUAUUUUCUGGUAUCGCUUGAUAUUUGUUUCAAAAUUUAUCAAGUCUUCAAGCUACGAUAUCCUCCAGCAUGCGAAAAUCCUUGGAUUUUCUUACAACAAUAUUUUUACAAUAUUGAAAAUGAUCUUGAUGCUAAAUCGGAUAAAUUAUCCAAAUUAUUAAAAUAUUUGGAGUGA